UAUCGUUUUUUAAGUUAUGUAAAAUUAUUUUAGUUAAUUUUUACAUUAAAAAAUAUAAAAAUGUGUUUGUUCCCAAUUAAUUUCUCUCGUUUACGUUCAAAUAGACCGUCAGUGUGAAGAGAAUGUAAUUAAAAAGACGUUAAUAGCAAGUACAAUGGCUAAUUUUCUUGAUUUGCCUUAUGAGAUUUUGAGUUACAUAGUAACUUUUCUUUCGUAUGCAGAUAGAUCAGCAUUAAAAUUAACAUGCAAAAUUCUUUACGAUGUCUGCAUACAAAACUUUUUUAUUAAGGAAGAAAUUCUUCAUGUACAAGACGCAGUUGUUUCAGCAGAGCAUGAUCCCUUAGUUAAAAUUGGUCGAAAUACUAGAAUACAUAAAAAACUAGUGUUUACCAAUGUUGAUUUCAAAUAUGACAGUGAAUUUUGGAUUAAUUAUGGAAAUAGCAUUGAAGCUUUAGCAUUUAUUAAUUCGGACAUUAGCAGUGAUUGCCUUUUUAACAUACUUUCUAAUUGUUCAAGUUUAGAGUCUAUAAAGUUGGAAAAGUUAACUCAUUUGUUUAUGACAUUCCGUCCAAACAGACACAGAAUUAUUUUACCAAAUUUGAAAUCAUUUGAAUUGUGUUCUUCAAAGUAUAUUACUGACAAGAUUUUUAGUUACUUUUUAAGCAUGUGCCCUUCUCUGAACCAUUUAAGUAUUCACGAUUGUGAAAAUUUUUGUCAUCCAGGAAUAUAUAAGAAAUUUUAUCCUAAGAACGGCGAUGAAAUGAAAAGGCCAUCAGAUGCAAUAUUUUCGUUUCUGUAUAUAAAAUAUGCUGUUAGCGUGGAAGCUGCAUACCUAACAAGUUUAGAUUUCUCAAAAACAAUGAUUAAUGGAGAAUACUUAUUAUCAAUUCUUGAAAUAGAAAAUCUAACACUUUCAAAUUUGAAUAUUUCUGGCUGUAGUCAACUACGAAUUUCUUCAUACAAAACUAUAAGUCAGUUGCAGCCUAAUUUAAAGUGUGUUUUGUUAAAUGAUGUUCGUGGCGGUUGUAUGGAAAUUUUAAAAAAUCCAAUGAAAAAUUUAACUGUCUUGGAAAUGGAUGGUAUACAAAAGACAAUAGAAGUGUCUGAAGCUGCUGGAAAUUCACUAAGAAACUUAAAGGAGUUAUCAAUGAAUAAAUGUGAUCCCAUGGCAGCCAAAACUGUACUAGAAAUAAUGUAUUUAAAUCAGCCUUCCAUCCAAAAAAUAUCUUUUGCUUCUAUUGAAUUGCCAAGAGAAAUCCUUCUAAAUAUUAUUCAAAGUUUUAAAAAGUUAGUUUGCCUAAACCUUAGUAAUAUAGUUGUGGCAGUUGAUGAUGCUGUUUUAAGGUGUAUUUGCGAAAAUUUAACACUUUUGAGGGAGCUUGACUUAACAAAUUGUGAUGAGAUAACUGACAGGGGCUUAAUGGGAAUUGACUUGAAUUCAGAGUCUUCAGUGAGGCCUAAGAAACAACUGUUAAUGAGAAUACCGUUGGGUUCAAAGGUAGAGACAGAAAUAAGAGAAGAUGUAGCACGAAAACGGGAAAUUAUGCAAAUUAUGAAUAUCUCAGGACAACCUACGACCUUCUCUAUUAUGCGCCUUCAAGGCCUGAAAGUUUUGUCCCUAAGGAAUUGUACACGAGUUUCUGAUUUGAGUUUAAAGAGCGUUUUUAAAUUCGUAGAAUUAAUUUCUUUAGAUAUCGCAGGUUGUCAACAAAUUACUCACGAAGGGUUUUCUGAAAUGAUUCCAAAUGUUAAGAGCCUUGAAGUACUUAAUUUGUCAUCGUGCUUUAAUAUUGGCGACAAAACAGUAGAUAACAUAUGUCAAGGACUUAAGCGAUUAAAAAUUUUAAUUUUACAAAAUUGUAAGCAGUUAACUGACAAAUCGUUGGAGUCUGUCUUUUAUUCUACAUCCCUGAAACGCAUAAACGUUAAGGGUUGUGAAAACAUGAAUAAUGAUUUUAUUCGAAGUAUAGAGGAUGUAUUGGAACAAAGAAGAGUAUUUACUAUGUGAUGUUUACUGUUACUUAACUUAAUAACCAUUUUUUCCUUACUAGUUUAAUUGUAAGGCGUUUAUUGUAACGCCAGCACAAAUAAAUGUUAAACAAAUUAUUAUAUUUAUUAUAAAUGUUUUUUUAACGGUAGUUUACCAUAAAGGGCUGUGAAAGUUACACGGUUUUUGUUGGACUAAUAUUUUUUGAGACAUGUUCUGUAUAAAUUAAGUAAAAUUGAAAGGAAGAUGCUUACAUAAAUCUAUAUUUAUAUAUUUUUUAAG